GCCCGCCGGCGCGGCGGGCUGACUCCGCGGGCGCGCAGCGCGGGGCCAUGCCGGCGGGGCCGCCGCUGCUGCCGGGCGCCCUCCCCGUCCUCAUCCUUCUGCUCUUCCGCGGCGCCCCGGCCCGGGGAGCCGUCUACACCAACCAUUUCUUGGUGGAGCUGCACGGCGGGGGCCAGGCGGAGGCCGAGCGGGUGGCGGCGGAGCACGGCUUCGGCGGGGUGCGGAAGCUCCCUUUUUUAGACAGUGGAUACUUCUUUUAUCACAAUGGCAUUGCCAAGGCCAGGAGAAGACGUAGUCUUCAACACAAGCUUCAUCUGGAAAAGGAUUCCAGGGUAAGGAAAGCUGUGCAACAGGAAGGCUUCAGCAGAAGGAAGCGAGGAUAUAGAGACAUCAAUGACAUUGACAUCAACAUGAAUGAUCCUUUAUUUACAAAGCAGUGGUACCUGAUUAACACUGGUCAAGCAGAUGGGACUCCUGGACUUGACCUUAAUGUAGCUGAAGCAUGGGAGCUGGGAUAUACGGGGAAGGGUGUUACCAUAGGAAUUAUGGAUGAUGGAAUUGAUUAUCUGCAUCCUGAUCUUGCUUCAAAUUAUAAUGCCAAAGCCAGCUACGACUUCAGCAGUAAUGAUCCCUAUCCUUACCCACGCUACACAGAUGACUGGUUUAACAGCCACGGGACAAGGUGUGCAGGAGAGGUGUCUGCUGCUGCCAACAACAACAUCUGCGGCGUGGGAGUUGCCUACAACUCCAAGGUGGCAGGUAUUCGAAUGCUCGACCAGCCUUUUAUGACAGACAUUAUUGAGGCUUCCUCUAUCAGUCAUAUGCCUCAAGUCAUAGAUAUCUAUAGUGCCAGCUGGGGACCAACUGAUAAUGGAAAGACUGUGGAUGGACCUAGAGAGCUAACACUGCAAGCAAUGGCAGAUGGUGUGAACAAGGGCCGAGGUGGCAAAGGAAGCAUCUAUGUCUGGGCCUCUGGAGAUGGAGGCAGCUAUGAUGACUGUAACUGUGACGGUUAUGCAUCGAGCAUGUGGACAAUCUCUAUCAAUUCUGCCAUAAACGAUGGACGGACAGCUCUGUAUGAUGAAAGCUGCUCUUCAACCUUAGCCUCCACCUUUAGUAAUGGGAGGAAGAGAAAUCCAGAGGCUGGCGUGGCUACAACAGAUUUGUAUGGCAACUGCACCCUGCGUCACUCAGGAACUUCUGCAGCUGCUCCUGAAGCAGCCGGAGUGUUCGCCUUGGCCCUGGAGGCUAACUUGGGUCUGACCUGGAGAGACAUGCAGCACUUGACAGUGCUCACCUCCAAGAGGAACCAGCUUCAUGAUGAGGUUCAUCAAUGGCGUAGAAAUGGUGUUGGGCUGGAAUUCAACCAUUUGUUUGGCUACGGUGUCCUAGAUGCAGGAGCAAUGGUUAAGAUGGCAAAAGACUGGAAGACUGUUCCUGAGAGAUUCCAUUGUGUUGGAGGGUCAAUACAGGAACCUGAAAAGAUACCACCAACUGGCAAGCUGGUCCUCACACUUACCACUGAUGCUUGUGAGGGGAAGGAAAACUUUGUUCGAUACCUUGAGCACGUCCAAGCAGUCAUAACCGUGAAUUCCACCAGGCGAGGAGACCUCAACAUCAACAUGACCUCGCCCAUGGGAACCAAGUCCAUUCUACUGAGCCGGCGCCCCAGGGAUGACGACUCCAAGGUGGGUUUUGACAAAUGGCCAUUCAUGACCACGCACACUUGGGGAGAAGACCCCCGAGGCACCUGGGCUCUGGAGAUUGGGUUUGUCGGCAGUCUGCCCCAGCGGGGCGUGCUGAAGGAGUGGACACUGAUGCUGCACGGGACUCAGAGCGCACCGUAUAUAGACCAAAUAGUAAAAGAUUAUCAGUCCAAACUAGCCAUGUCCAAGAAGGAAGAGCUGGAAGAAGAAUUAGAUGAAGCAGUGGAGAGAAGCUUGAAGAGUAUACUGAGCAAGAACUAGUACUGUUCUGCAUGACAGUGUCUUUCCUUCCCCAGAUCCCUCUACUCACCUUUCUACUAUCCAAACCUCUGUGUUAGGCAUAUUACAAUGAUUGUCUCUGUAGCCAAAUUAUCACACUUUCUUGAUUUUAAAGUCUUAUAUCUCGUCAAUAAUUAUUUUAAUUACCACUGAAGCAAUCCUUUUUUUACUCUAAAUCACAAAUAUACUGUCCCCCACCAAAUACUAUGUACAGUUUGUGACUGUAAAUUAUUUUUCUUUUGUGUCAUACAAAUAGGUAAUAACCUGAAAAAAAGUUGAUGGCUUUUCCCUUCAUAUUUUUGUGGUAAAUGUUGUUUGUAUUUAAAAAAAUAAUAAUAAUAAUUUUAACAUUGGCAGUUGGUGAUAAUGGGCACAUUUUUAAAAGUUAUUGUGAGAGAGGGAAUCACAAAGAGGUUGGCUGGAGAGAUCUUUGAACUAGGUGGUCAGUUCUAACGUUCAGACUAACAGCUCCUUCUGCAUUAUUGAUGUCAGUGGGACUUUCCCCAUUGGGUUCAACCAAAGUAGCACUAGACCCUACAAAAAAAAAAUAAUCCAGAGAUGAAAAUUACCAAUCCAAAUUUGCAGAAAUCCAUUUAUUUUGAGAGUUUUCUUUCAACAUACAGGCCAACACUUCAGCCACAGAAGAGUUCAACAGGCACGCAAUAAGGAAGGCAAAGCAAUGCCAAAGCCGGGUGACAUGGGGAAAUGCUUUGCAGACAGGGUCAGGGCAUUCUAGAAGCACAAGUUUUGGGUUGCUUUUUUUUACUAUUAUUUAUUUAUUUUAAAAAUUUUGCCUAUUUAAAUCAAUUUACCAUCUCACAGCAGAGUGAAUGCGUAUGUAGGAUUUCUGUGUGCAAAAGUGCAUUUGCUGGUGUCUAUGCGGUGAUGUGCUGCAGCAGCCUAAGAUGAAGCUGUGUCAGUAUUUCUAACCACAGACCCCUGUUUUCUGGGGUUUACAACCUUGCUGUCAGGAAAUUGCUGUGGGAGAAAUUUGAAGUCUGUCAGUUCAGUCCCAAAGCAAUUUUUUAUUCAAAUUUCAUUUUUAAAAAUAGAGAUUAGUUAUUUUUAUGUUAUACAAAUAUAUUUAGGGAGAAAAAUAUGCCUAAGUUAUUAAUGUGUAGUGCAAAGUUGGGCUUCUUGGGAAAUAAAAUGCAGUGUGUUUGGGAAGAUUUGUUGGUAAUCAUUGCUCUUUGCUGUUUGAAGAAUCAGUCCCACCUUUACUUUUCAUAUGUGAGUAAAGUCAGUUUUUCUUGCCCGUGGAGUCUGCUCUAGCUAUUGCCACAAGAUGUAGCAUUCUCAUCAGUAGGGAUUACUCGUGGUAGUAACCACUAUGUGUUCUCAGGUGUGAGAUACCAAAUUUAAUAAUAAAGGGUCCCAAUUUUGCAAAUAUUUAGGCACGCACUCACAGUAAAGGUCCUCAGUGGACCUACUCAAAUUAUAAUUUUAAGCAGGUGCUUUGGAUCUUUUCAGGAUCUAAGAUCUUUUUAGCUGUGAUGAGUUUCAGAAUUUUAUAAUGUAUUUUUAAUAUGCAGAGUAUUCAUCUAAAACAUUUUCCUAAGAGUUGUCCUGGUCAAUCAGGUGCAUAGUAGUUGAAACACAUUCAAUAUCUAUUUAUCUUAACAAAUUCAAAAUGUAACCCAAAGGUUAAAUAUAGUGCACACAGUUCCCAUAAGAAUGUAUGAUCUGUGCUGUUUUUUCUAGUGAAUAUCCAUCUGUUAUCUUUCUGUAACAGGCCUGUUCUUUCCUUUACUAAUCCAAAUGCAAAAUAAACAGCUCAACUUA